AUGAUCCUCACACAAUCCAGACGGCCGCUGGUGUCGACGCUCUUCUCAGCAUGCCGCCGCUCCAUCUCCACCCUCCCUAACAACUCGCACAUUUAUGUCCACAAGCAAUCGCCUUCGGUCAAUGUCCUCUCCUUCCUGCCUACAUCGCCCCCUACCGGCUCGCUCGCCAUCGGCGUCACAUCACAAAUCCCUCCCACGCCCGACUCAUUACGCGAGAACCAAUCCUUUAUGAAAAUCCUCCAAUCUGUGAUACGCGAACAUGCGACGACCGAUCCAGAGGUCAUUGCUCAGGCACAGGCAUACGCCAGCACGGCAGGAUCAUCCUUGGGUUCAGGCGGUGUCUUCUUCGCACAAUCACACAGCAAGCGCAGCAAGAGACGCACGGGAUACGGCGGUGGAGGCGGCACUGGCGGCGAUGGAGCUGGAGGUGCGUCUUCUCAGGGUGGUGCCGGAGGUGCGGGAAGAGGAGGUCACAUCCACGUCAGCGAUCAGAGAAAUCCUCCCGACUAUGGUCGUGUCGCUUGGCCUGAGGACAUAUUCGGCAGUCUCGAGGUUGACGGUGCUGGCAACUUUGUGGGUGAGAACGGCAGCUAUCAGGAGAGUGGAACAUACAGAUGCGUCACGCGGGAGGGCAUUCUUGGCCUUAGCCCCUACCUUCGCGAGAAGCUCGUUGCAAGGCUCAAGCAGCUCGAGGCCGAGAAAGCCCAAUCGUCUUGA